AUGGUUCCAAAGCACCUGAGGGAUGGUGGGAAGAGAAACGAGCACGGAGGGUUGGGAAAGAACUCGGCAAUUCCGCAGCUCCAGGUGUUUGUGCCGAAGGAAUUGGGUGGCACAGGGAGACAGGGAAUUAAGAGCAGCAGGUUUUUUUCCUGGGAUUCACACAAGGUUGUGGCCACGGGGAAUUCCGGGAUACGAACCCCAGCGAUGGGAACAAAGUGUUUCUCGUUGGAAAAUCAAAGGAUUCCUUGUGGAAAUAGGGACAAAAAUCCCCUUUGGAUCUUUCCUUCUCCACAGGGCGGGAUCUCCGCCGGGCUCUGGGGGAUCAUGGAAUUGCUGAGGCUUUUCCAAGCUAAAUGGUUCCAUGAUUCCUUGAUUUUAGCUGCCUCUGUGGCUCCUGAUGCCAAUUUUCCCCCUCACUCCCAGGAUCCAGGACAUCCCAGAUGUGUCUCAUCGCUCUGGGCUCUUCCCUGGUUUUCCCGGGGAGAUUUCACCUCUUUGUGCUCUUCCCUGUUUUUCCCCAGGGAGAUCAAACUGCGGAAUUACGAGCCCGAGGAUGAGGAGCUGAAGAAGAGGAAGCUGCCCCCGGGAAAACCGGCCUCAGGUGGGAACAAACGGGAGCAAAGGCUUGGAAAGCUCCAAUCGCUCCAGGGGGGAAGAUCCAGAGGGCUGUGUCCCGCGGGGCAGCCCCUCCCCGGGGUCACUUCCCAUUCCCAGCAGCGCAUCCUGAUCCCUGCAGGAGAGAGGCUGAAGGGGCAGGAGGAGGAGUUGGCGUCUGCCGUGGGAUCAGCAAAGCAGGAGGGAUCCGACUCCGACUGAGGGA